AUGAGUUGUAGCUGCUUUGGUGCAUUCUCUGGCCAGAAGAAGUAUGAUAAUCGUGCUCACCAGUCCACACAGGGCCAAGAAGGGGACUCAAUGGCAAAGACAAAAAAUUUCUCAUACAAUGAAUUAAGAAUAGCUACGGACAACUUUCAUCAAAGGAACAAAAUAGGGCGAGGAGGUUUCGGGACAGUUUACAAGGGAAUUCUCAAAAAUGGGACAACAGUUGCUGUGAAGACACUUUCUGCUGAGUCAAAACAGGGAGAGCGCGAGUUUUUAACUGAAAUUGAUACUAUAUCCAAUGUUAAACAUCCAAACCUUGUUGAAUUAAUUGGAUGCUGUCUUCACGAAAGUAACCGAAUUUUGAUAUAUGAAUUUUUAGAAAAUAACAGCCUAGAUCGUGCAUUAUUAGGUUCAAGGAGGACUAUAAAUUUAGACUGGAAAAAAAGAUCUGCUAUCUGCAUGGGCACUGCCAGAGGUCUUGCAUAUCUUCAUGAAGAAGUUGUGCCGCACAUCGUUCAUCGAGACAUCAAAGCUAGCAAUAUACUUCUCGACGAUGACUUUGAACCCAAAAUUGGAGACUUUGGAUUGGCUAAACUUUUUCCUGACAAUAUUACCCACAUCAGCACAAAAGUAGCAGGAACCACUGGUUACCUGGCACCUGAGUAUGCAUUAGGUGGUCAGUUAACAAUGAAGGCUGACGUAUUUAGCUUUGGGGUUCUAACACUUGAAAUUGUAAGCGGCAGGAGUAGUGGAAAUUUUGGAAGAACGCAAAAGUUACUCGUGGAAUGGGCAUGGGAGCUUUAUGAAGAAAAGAAGCUGUUGGAGUUAGUAGACCCAGAACUUGGGGAGUUUCCAAAGGAAGAAGUUCUCAGGUACAUGAAAGUGGCUCUCUUCUGCACCCAAGCAAAUGCGAACAGAAGGCCAGUGAUGGGUCAGGUUUUGGAAAUGCUCUCUAAAAAUGUACGGCUUAAUGAAAAAGAACUUACACCUCCUGGAUUCUUCCAAGAUUCAGGUUUGGUAACUGAUACAACGUUAAAGAAUAAGUCAUCUGAAAGUUCGACGAGCAAUCAGAUGAGCUCUUUUCCCAUCACUAUUACUCAGGUGACUCCCAGAUGA